AACUGCACAAACCACUCAAACGCCCUGCGCUUUUGCGAGCUUGUCAUCAACGCCGCCUCAACCAUAAAAUUUGCAACACCACCUCGACAAUACCACCGCCAACCAAGAUUACUUCGUCGUCGCCAUCAUCAUCCUGAAUAAUAUUUCCUACCCCUUCAGCCGUAGUGUCUUGACCUCAGCCUAGCAACCAUGCCGGCUACAACCAAGACAAGCACGACAACCAAGGAGAAGGACCGGCGAAAGUCGGCCGGCAAGACCUCGCUUGUCACCCUUAAGGUGUCGCCUGAUAGAUUGCGAAGGCUUCUCGACCCAGAAGCACCACCAGCCAAGGAAGACUCGCCCUCCAAGGAAUCUCCUGCCACCUCAGCACUACCUGCCGAAGCUGCUGUUGCUCCCUCUAAUGGUGACAACGCGUCUUCCUCGAAUCCCGGCACGCCAGCUGCUGCUGCUGUUGCUGCUGUUGGCACGCCGUCACAGGUUUCCAUGGGUCCGCCUACUGAAGGCCCAAAGAAGAAGGGUGUGAAGAGAAGUGCUGCUGGUGCCAACGGUAUAGAACCCAAGGCACGAGGCAAGCCUGGCCCUAAGAAAAAGCCGAGACUUGAGGACGGUACCAUCGACCCUAACUCAAAGAACUCUGCCGGCGCUUACCACAAGCUUGGUCCCAAGGCCAACCAAGGUGCUAUCAAUGCUGGUCUUCGUGCUCUUGAUCGAUCGGGCAAGCCAUGCAGGAAGUGGGCAAAGGGCGGCUUCAGACUCAAGACCUUCACUGGCAUUGUAUGGGAGAUCCCGCGCUGGGCUGCUCCUCCGAAGCCUUCCCCGGAUGCUACCCAGGAGGCCUCGACUGCCUCUGCCGACAGUAGCAACAAAGAGAACACCAAGGAGGGCAGUCAGAUGAAGAGCGAGAAUAGUGCAAGUGGUGCGGAUGGAGAGCAGCGAAGCUUGCCACCCAGUCUCCCUGCUGCCAGCUCCCCCGCGCCAAUGCCAGUCGCCGCUGCCUCGUAACGAGGAAUCUUGUCUCGAUCCAUGGCUACACCAGCGGGUCCUGAUUCAUUUCUAAUGUCAGCUUUUUCUUUGUUAGCGAGGAUC